GUACCGUGCGGGAUUCAGUUGGUUUGCGGUGAUCGUUUGAAGAUCUUCCAGGAAGAAGUUCCUUGUAAAAAGAGAGAAAGCGAGGAUGAGUUCGCGACGUGGUGAAGAUAAGAAAAGUGAGGUGGCGACCCCGUUCAAGCUGUGGGGUGGUCGCUACUCGAAGGGAACCGAUCACGUCCUGUCGCGGGUGAAUAACUCGUUGACGGUGGACAAGCGGCUGUACGCGGAGGAUAUUGAUGGUAGUGUGGCGUACGCGAGAAGUUUGGCCGAAGCAAAGCUGUUGACGCAGAGUGAGUUUAAGGUGAUCUGCUAUGGGUUGGAGACGGUGCGUGAAGAGUGGAUCAAGGGUACGAUCAAGUUGAUGCCACGGGAUGAAGAUGUGCACACGGUCAACGAGCGCAGGUUGAUCGAGAUCGUUGGGCCACAGAUCGGCGGAAAGUUGCACACUGGACGAAGCCGCAAUGAGCAGGUCGUCCUGGACAUGAAGCUGUGGAUGAGGGACGCCGUCAAGGAUCUGCUCAAACAGCUGGGUGAGCUGAUCAAGAAGAUCAACGAAGUUGCGGAGAAGUACAUCGACGUGUUGAUGCCGGGCUAUACCCACAUGCAGCGUGGACAACCGGUCCGCUUCAGUCACUGGAUCCUAAGCUACGCUUUCUACUUCAAAGAAGACUACCAUCGGGUCGCUGAGUUCCUCAAGCGCAUGAACGUCCUUCCCCUAGGAAGUGGUGCCCUCGCCGGCAACCCCUUCAACAUUAACCGUCACAAGCUCGCCGACGACCUGGGCUUCAACGGAGUAACCUACAACAGCAUGACCGCCGUCAGCGAUCGCGACUUUGUCGUCGAGUUCAACUUCCUGUGCACCCUAACCGGAGUUCACCUCAGCCGACUGGCCGAAGAUUUGAUCCUGUUCUCCACCAAAGAGUACAACUUCCUCGAACUCUCGGAAGAGUACACCACCGGAAGCAGCUUGAUGCCGCAGAAGCGCAAUCCCGAUUCGCUGGAACUCAUCCGAGGUAUCGCCGGUAGCGUUUUUGGCCAGCAUUGCGGCCUGCUGAUGACCCUGAAGGGGCUACCGUCGACGUACAACAAAGAUUUGCAGUGCGAUAAGAGCGGGAUGUUUGCGGUGUUUGACCAGAGCUUGCUGUCGCUGACGCUGAUGACGGGCGUGAUUGGGACGAUGCGCGUCGACGAGGAUCGCUGUCUGAGCGCGCUCGGGUACGACAUGCUGGCGACCGAUAUGGCCUACUACCUGGUCCGCCGCGGAAUCCCCUUCCGGGAGGCGCACCACAUCUGCGGCGAGGUGGUCGCCUUCUCCGAGAAGGUCAAGAUCCCGAUCAACAAGCUCACGCUGGAGGACCUGCAGGACAUCUGCCCGUACUUUGACGAAACGGUGAGCGCCCUCUGGAACUACGAGAACAGCGUCGAGCAGUACACGGUGGUCGGCGGCACGUCCAAGAUUUCCGUCCAGGAGCAGAUCAACCUGCUGAAGGAGUUUCUUUCCGAGGCGGUGUGAGGAAAUGUUUUGCGUUUUAGCGUAUAGUAAUUUGUUUUUAUUUGUUUCGUGUGUAUUUUUGUAAACUGUAUAAAUAUCAUUUGACCAUGUUUUUUUCAUAUUAUAUAUUAAACUGUAGUAUAGAAAAGAGUGUUAAGUCGCUUAAGUAUACACUGCAAAAUAAACAAAAAAAAAGAA